UUUAACAGCGCGCCAAGAUAGGCCUUUCGUUUUUUUUUUUAAGUAUUCCAGCAAGGAUCCAAGUUACCGUGUACAUAGUUUGUGUUUAAAGAGUUCGUUUAUCUAAAAUAGUAAUACAUUGUUGGUGGUCGUGCUUGUACGUGUCGAGAAAGUUCGCCGAUAUAAUAUGGAGGUUGAGAGCGCUAAUUGUAAACAUCGAGUGUCCGAGUGCACGGACAUAGAGCAGCUCUCCGUAGAACGACCUCUGAAAAUCGGACGAGAAAUCGAUGGCUUGGAAAACCUCGUCUCCGAGUUACACAGGGUGUUCUCCCAGGAUCACGUCAAUAUACAGGAGGUGCAGAACUUGAUGUCUGGUUAUAAGUCUAAUCCGAAGCACUGGAGGAAGUACGCAAAGUUCGAUCGUUUCCGAUACACUCGUAAUCUCGUCGAUGCUGGGAAUGGAGCGUUCAAUAUAAUGAUAUUAUGCUGGGGCCCCGGCCACGCGUCCGCUAUACACGAUCACGCGGAUUCUCACUGUUUUAUGAAACUGCUCAGCGGUAACCUGGAAGAAGUUAGAUACGACUGGCCGAAAAACAUCGAACCGGAAGUGAUAAAAAGGAUCAAAAAGAGACAUUCGAGACGCUGUUGCUCUGAAAGUAAUGAUAUAAAUGAAAAUUUAGCAAAAUUAGAUAUAAAUUGUGACGAGACCUGUCCCAAUUACCGCCAAAAUAACUGUCAAGAAAAUGAAAAUGGCGGUUCAGAAAAUGGCGACUACGAUACUAAUAGUAUGGUUGAAAUCGGUCGAACACGUUUGGAAGUUGACGAUGUUUGUUAUAUAAAUGAUGCCCUCGGCCUCCACCGGAUGGAGAAUCCAUCACACGUGGAUGGCGCCGUAUCUUUACAUCUGUACUGCCCUCCCUUCGACAGUUGUAGGGUGUUCGAUUCUCGUACGGGGAAAGCAACGAAUGUCAAUGUUACUUUCUGGUCGAUGUAUGGAAAGAAAAUAAGAAGGGUCAUAGAGGCAAAUCCCGCUGACAGCCAAGAGUGAAUGGUCGAUCCGUGGUGAUUUAAUAUUUGUUAAAAAUGUUUCAAGUAGAUAUGUUAUGUGUACAAUAGAGCUAUUCUGGAAGAACGAACUCCGAACUCACUUCGAAAUACGAUGGAAAAAAAGUCGAGUCAAAGUCCAAAUGCUUAUUCAAUGUGUUAAGAAGUAUUUAUUUUGAUAAGUGUAAUUGCAUUGGUAACAAUUGUUGUCAAUGAUCUACUACUGUUUCGGAAAGAAGCACUUAAGACCUGAGAUGAACCGGCAGAAGAUAUUUUUUAUAUUCAGAAGAUAUUUAUUUCAGUGGGAUUUCUGUAUUUAUAUAUGUUUGAAAUGAGCUGAUUUUUCUGCAACACAAAAGUCGUAUUUAUAUCGGCUUCAUUUCCCCAAAGCUGAACGCAUUGGAUGAGUUCCAAUGCGUUCUGCUUUGGGUAAUAGCUUAACGUCACGCCUAUAUAUGAAGUUGCGACAAGAAAAUUGUAGAUUCACAAAGUUUUAACGCUUAUCCAAACUAUUGGUUUGAGUUUGUAACAUUAUAAUAAUAAAUUUUAUACAUUUCGUCUUUUUACUAUGUAAAAGUAAGUUACUAAACCAAUGUACUAUUUGCUAGAUAUAUUAAUCGAUGUAUAUUUAUAAUGAAAAUCAAAGAAGUUUUAUCAGUACAUAAUACUACCUUGUGCUUGUCAUUUAAAAUAUAGGGGAGUCAUUUAUGCAUAUGAGAAAGAAAAACGGCCCAAGAAUAGAUCCUUGAGAGACCCCAAGAAUGUUUUCAGUAAAUUAUGUGAUAAUUAUAAUAUUUAAAGGCAAUUUUGACGUAUAAAAUUAUCCUAUUAACGGGGCUUUGACAUUUCACAACGAUCGAAAUUAGUUCUUUCAGAAUAGCACUGUUGUUUCGAUACAGAUUACGACAUAUACAAAUCGAAGAAAUUAAAACGAUAUAUAUUUAAAACUGGACUACAUAAAUAGUAGUUAAAUAUCAUUGCUCAUUAGGUAAUAAUUAUUUUAAUAAAUUGUUUUAAAUGUUUUUUUAGAUUAGACUUCAAAAAUAAGUUAUAUAUACAUACUAAUAAAAUAAAGCUGAAGAUUGUUUGUCUGUUUGAACGCACUUAACUCAAUAUCUAUCGAUCUGAUUUAAAAUAAUUUUAGAUGAAUUUUUUUUAAGAAAGUUUAUAACAUCAAACUGUGACCCAUGGGACUGAAAGAGUUACAUUAAACGUGGAUCAGGUGCACCAUUUAUUUUAUAAUUAUAUCUAUCAUAUUAUCUACGUUUGUUAUUAAGAUAUUAAAUAUAUAUUAUAAUAUGAGA